AUGGUACAGGCUGAAGAACCUUCAAAGUGUCACCAAAGUGGAAAUUAUGUGCAUAACAGACGGGGGUUCAUGUCUGGAAUUAUUGCAGUAUUUGCUGUGAUCACGGUAUGCUAUGCUAUCGGAGGUCUCCCUAUUCCCGAUGGCUCUUCCUUGCUUUACGGCGGCGAUGCAAAUGUGAAAGUCGUAGAGAUGAAGCACGGAAAGAUUGGGAUGGAGUAUGCAAAGUCAGCAGCAUCACAGAUGGGAGGAAGAGGACACGAGGACUACAGCCCGUACUCACAGGGGUACAAGUUUGCUCGGCGUCAGGGGAGGAUCAUGCGCGCUGCUUCGACGGUGUAUGCUCCAUGGAACGCUCGUUCUUCGCUCGGAAAGCCGCAGGAUGAGAGCCUGAGGCCGCAGGAGGGCGGGAAGAGGACAGUAGUCUCACCUCCCGCUUCGGAUCUCGGCUUGCUGCAGGCUACCCUUGACAGUGUACGGCAAGACCAACGGGACGGCAUGCACAAAGACGCGAAACUCUCCAAGGAGCUGAAAGAGCCUGCGAAGCCUCAUGCGGCAGCAGCCAAGAGCAGCUCCCUUGCUACAGGGAGCUCUCAGCAGAGCAGGAAGGAGGAGACGCGCGGAUCGACCGCUUCCAAGGCAAGGACACAGUCUCUGGCUGAAACCAGCCCGUCCUUGAACGCCCUUCCUCCAGCUCAGCAGCCUGUGGCGGAUGCCAACGAUGCUGCCAACAGCAUCCGCUCUGCGAUCCCUCCCGUCCCCUCUUCCGACGAUGGGUGUGCAGGAGGAGUUCUGUGCGCGAUCCCUACGGACGACGUGGCAGUGCAGGCGCUGGAGGCUCGGCUGCAGGCAGAUGAGAUCGCGAUCCACACGCUGACGCAGGACGUGCAGGAGCUGAGACAUCAGACGUUGGAGCUCGAGAAGAGAGCGAAGAAAGCAUGA